GCGUAAAACUAAAGCCAGAAACGAAGGCUUAUAAGGGCCCUUCCUCCCUUAACUCUCCUCUAAAACCCCAUUUACACACAUUCGACUCUCUCGGCCUCCAUCGACUAAAAAAUUCAUCUCACCCUAUUCUCUUCAUCCGAUACUCGCAGUUUCCAUGGCUUUGCCGAACCAGCAGACUGUUGACUACCCGAGUUUCAAGCUCGUUAUCGUCGGCGAUGGUGGAACAGGAAAAACCACCUUUGUGAAGAGACAUCUCACAGGGGAGUUCGAGAAGAAGUAUGAACCCACCAUUGGUGUUGAGGUUCACCCAUUGGACUUUUUCACAAACUGUGGAAAAAUCCGUUUCUACUGCUGGGACACUGCUGGUCAAGAGAAGUUCGGUGGUCUUAGAGAUGGUUACUACAUUCAUGGACAGUGUGCUAUAAUCAUGUUUGACGUUACAGCUCGCUUGACAUACAAGAAUGUACCUACAUGGCACCGAGAUCUUUGCCGUGUGUGUGAGAACAUCCCCAUUGUUCUUUGUGGAAACAAGGUUGAUGUGAAGAAUAGGCAGGUUAAGGCCAAGCAGGUCACUUUCCACAGGAAGAAGAACCUGCAAUACUAUGAGAUAUCUGCAAAGAGUAACUACAAUUUUGAGAAGCCUUUCUUGUACCUAGCCAGAAAGCUUGCAGGGAACACUGAUAUUCACUUUGUUGAGUCUCCCGCUCUUGCUCCUCCAGAAGUACACAUCGACUUGGCAGCCCAACAGCAGCAUGAAGCUGAGCUUGCUCAAGCUGCCAAUCAGCCUCUUCCUGACGAUGACGAUGAUACAUUCGAGUAAAAAGGCAGAGCUUGUGCUGCAGGAGAAGCUUGCAUUUAAGCUUUCUUUUUUUGUGAACCCUUUGCUUUGUGAUGAAUUGUGUUUGUGUUAGGAUUCACCAUAUUUGGCUGGAUUUUAUCUCUCUAUAUGUACUUGUAGGAUCGUUUUUUUAGUAAGAUUUUCAUUUGGCUAUCUCAAUGGAGUUCGGUUGUGCUGUUUAUCGUUUUGAGUUCAUUGUAAAACUCUCCUCAUUCGGAUGAUUUAAGGCUUUCCGCGCAUAACAUUUUAACGCGAAAAUAGUAACUUUCUGAGCUGCA